UGUUUACAGAAGCGGAUCAGACGGACCGGACCGGACCGGACAUGCGGGUUCCCUCUAGACCUGCACUGUGAUCCGGAUCUCCUCUGAGGGCCCAUGUCUCAGAUCCACCAUGCGGGUCUGGACCAGCACCAGUCGGUCCAGUACAACCAGAUCUGCACCCGCAGCAGCAGCGGACCCGGAGGACCCGGUGGACCCGGUGGACCCGGUGGACCCGGAGGACCCGGAGGACCCGGAGCAGGGGCCGAGGCGGCGGAGCCCUGCUGCCCGGCCCAGAGGACACCGAGCCCCCGCAGGAAGUGGCAGGUGUUCCCGGGCCGGAACCGGUUCUACUGCGAUGGGCGGAUCAUGAUGGGCCGGCAGACCGGGGUGUUCUACCUGACCCUGGUUCUGAUCCUGCUCACCUGCGGACUCUUCUUCACCUUCGACUGUCCGUUCCUGGCGUCCAACCUGACCCCGGCCAUCCCAGCGGUGGGCGGCGUCCUCUUCAUCUUCGUCAUGGGGAUGCUGUUCAGGGCCAGCUUCAGCGACCCCGGGGUCCUGCCCAGGGCCACGCCCGACGAGGCCGCCCACCUGGAGAGGCAGAUGGAUUCGACCGGUUCCUCCAGACCGCCCCCCCGGACCAGGGAGGUCCAGAUCAACGGGCAGACGGUCAAACUCAAGUACUGCUUCACCUGCAAGAUCUUCAGACCGCCACGGGCGUCGCACUGCAGCCUCUGUGACAACUGUGUCGAACGCUUCGACCAUCACUGUCCGUGGGUUGGAAACUGCGUUGGACGGAGGAACUACCGCUUCUUCUACCUGUUCAUCCUGUCGCUGUCCUUCCUCACCAUCUUCAUCUUCGCCUUCGUCAUCACCCACGUCAUCCUCAGGUCGAACCGGACCAGCUUUCUGAGCGCGCUCAAAGACAGCCCGGCCAGCGUCCUGGAGGUUCUGGUCUGCUUCUUUUCCAUCUGGUCCAUCGUGGGUCUGUCUGGGUUCCACACCUACCUGAUCAGCUCCAACCAGACCACCAACGAGGACAUUAAAGGGUCCUGGUCCAACAAACGAGGGAAGGACAACUACAACCCCUACAGCUACGGAACCAUCCUGAGCAACUGCUGCGCAGCCCUGUGUGGACCGCUGCCCCCCAGUUUGAUUGACAGGAGGGGGCUGAUCCGAUCUGACACGCCUCAGACCGUCUCCCAGACAAACGGCGGCGGCGGCGGCGGGGGGGGGAGUUACUUGUCCACUCAAAUCCACAGUCACAUGUGCGACCAGGACCAGUGCAUCCAAAGCACCAAGUUCGUCCUCCAGGCCGCCGCCCCCCUGCUCCACGGUGACCCCGUGGUCCUGGCACCUCUGCCGGGGAAGCCCUCGGCGCUAGGCGGGCCCUGCGCUUACCUGAGCCCCGCCCAGCCCCCUUCGCUGCCGUCCUGCGGGGGGGACGUCCUGACCCUGAGGGAUGCUGACGCCCACUGCCACCACCACCUGCACCAUCACCACCAUCACCACCACCACCACCGCCACUUCAGCCCUGAGGACACGCCCUGCGGCACCCCGCAGGCCGCCCUGCCCUGCCCCGCCCACAUGCCCCCCCACGCACACCUCCACCCCCAGCCGCUGGGCCCCUCCCCCACCGCCCUGUACGACCCCGUGCGGCAGGACGCUCUGCACGAGGACUCGGUCCGAGGCCUGGUUAAACUCAGCUCUGUCUGAGCGCAUGCACUGGUCAGGGCUGGGUCAGGUCAUGUGAUACGAGCCGACGCUGCGUGAGGUCGGUUCAACCCGGUCGGCCAUAUUGGAUCAGCCCAAAGCAGACGGGGGGGGGGGGGGGGGGGGGGGGGGGGCGGGGUCUGAUCAAAGAACUGAAACGGGACGAACUCGACGUGUUUUUGAGCAAAUUUAGUGAAUUCAUUAACAAUUAAAAGACCGACAUAAGAAUAAGACGCAGAAACUGGGAUCAAACAUCUGGAGUUUGAAUAAAAAACAAAAUAAAAACAGUCGUAUUUUAGUCACCAAGCAUCGAAUAAACAAACAAACAAACAAACCACACCUCCAUCUAAACCAGGGCCACAUACAGCCCAAUAGGACCUGAAGGGGCCGGACCAGCAGAUUAAGAACAUAAUUUAUAAAUAACAUCAAUUCCAAAAUUUGUAUGCCUAACUUCUGUGUUUUAGAGAGAAUGUUUAAAACACGAACAACCAUGAAUAAAAUGAAAUGUAUUUAGAAAAAAAGUGCAAGUUUAACAAUUUAU